CUCACUUUCUAUGACCACCUCAAAUAUGACAUGACCAAAGUAGAUAAGUUAAGUAGCGCCUGGAAUCAUCGUGGGACGCAACGUCGACAUCUGGAAACGAUCGUAAUCAUGCCGAACUGGGGUGGUGGAAAUAAGUGUGGGGCCUGCGGUGGGACCGUGUAUCACGCCGAGGAGGUCCAGUGCGAUGGGAAGAGUUUUCACAAGUGCUGUUUCAACUGCAUGGUCUGCAGGAAAGGCCUGGACAGCACCACUCUGGCCAUCCACGACAAAGAGAUCUACUGCAAGUCCUGCUACGGCAAGAAGUACGGGCCAAAAGGCUACGGCUACGGCCAGGGCGCCGGCACGCUCAACAUGGACCGAGGAGAGAGGCUGGGCAUCAAACCAGAGGAGCCUCAAAGUCAUCGACCAACUACCAACCCCAACCCUUCCAAGUUCGCCCAGAAGUUCGGCGGUUCGGAGAAGUGUGCCCGCUGUGGCGAGUCAGUGUAUGCAGCCGAGAAAGUAGUGGGAGCUGGCAAGCCAUGGCACAAAAACUGCUUCAGGUGUGCCAAGUGUGGGAAGAGCCUGGAGUCCACUACUCAGACGGAGAAGGAGGGCGAGAUCUACUGCAAAGCAUGUUACGCCAAGAACUUUGGACCCAAAGGAUUUGGAUAUGGCCAAGGAGCAGGUGCUCUGGUUCACGCCCAGUGAUGACCGCCAGGAAUAACUGACCACCGACUUGACUGCUCCCACAGUUGUGCCUUUGUACAUUUUGCAUUUCUCGGCUGCUUGCAAGAAGCAGUUUUUAAACUAACGCCUUGUAGGGAAGUGGGGUGGGUGGGUAGGUAGGUUGGGUUUAUCAAUU